CACAAAGAGAUGGACAGAGUUCUGCGCAAAGUGGCAGAGUCCAAGGCGUGGCCUCUGGACGAGGGGAAGUAUAAUGGUCCUGACCUCGUCUGGGACGACCAACCCAGCAGGUCGUCAAACAACCCUUCCACGGAACCCGUGGGUGCUCCGGGCUCCGGCAGCAAGCGAAGGAAGCUUGACGGAGUCUCAAGCGACAACGCUGCCAGUCGCUCAGGGGGCAGUCGAGUGUCCCAGCGUUCUCAAAGUAGCGCUUCGAGGGGCUCAGGUGGACGGGGCAAGAAAACCUCGAGGGCUAGGACGUCCAAGAUCUCGAGAGGACGAUCCGCUAGAGCCCUAUGGGACCUCGCGAGUUCGGAAGACUUCAUAGACCCCUCAAUGCUGUCGGACACAUCAUACAGCCGAUCCGCCAGCCCCGCCAGUGUCGGCUAUGAGCAGGAGGAGGACGAGGUUGAGGACUCGCUGAUGGUCGAGGACGAACCGGGACCCAGCAGUUCUCAUCUCCCCCCCACCUACUUCUAUGCCGAAAGGCGUCUCAUGAAUCAGGAACGGCUGCAGCUCAACCUUGGACGCCUCCAAAUGGAACCUCAGGAAGACCUGUCGAUCCUUGAACGCCUCCGAAAGGCAGUUUCGCGCCUACCUUCUCCCGGACACGAGGAGUCCGAGGAAAUUGACCUACCUGCUUCUAGCGAGUACAAGGGAAAGAAGCGCCUUCUCUGA